AUGGGUUUGCCUCCAGUGGUAACGGGCCAUGAGGACUUGAUCCAUGAUGUCGAGUUCGACUACUACGGGAAAACUUUAGCGACGUGCUCGUCGGAUCGACACAUCAGGGUGUUUAAUUUACAAGACGGUAAAUGGGUAUUACGGGAUAAUUGGAAAGCCCAUGACUCCUCUAUUGUCAAACUCGCAUGGGCUCCUCCAGAAUACGGCCAGAUCUUGGCGUCAGUGUCUUAUGACCGGACAUUAAAGCUUUGGGAACAUAAGAAUGACGCGGUAUCGAACUCCGGUACUUGCUAUAAACGACUUGUCACCAUGAAUGAUGCCCAGGCCCCGUUGUUUGACGUCUCGUUUGCCCCAGGAUACUUGUACACUUUCAGAGUCGCGACCAUUGGCUCGGAUUCUACUCUCCGGGUCUAUGAAGCAUUGAAAAUCUCUGAUUUGUCCGAUUGGAAUUUGAUCCAACAAGAACGCCUAUCGAGUAAGAAAUUGAAUAGUAAUUUACAAGGUAACUUCACCGUCAACUGGUGUCAGUCAAAAUUUGUCCAAGAGAAAAUCUGUGUCAGCGCAAAUGAUGUAUGCUCCAUCUUCAUCAAGGGACCAAAUAACACCUACGUUAAAGACCAAUUUUUGCCUCAUCACGGAGAAUUGAUCAGAGACGUUGCUUGGGCACCAUCCAUGGGAAGAUCAUUUGAAUUACUCGCUACUGCCUCAAAGGAUGGGUUUGUUAGAAUAUUCAAAAUUGUUGAUAAAACCCUUGAUGACUACGGGGUUUCUGGCGGGGAUGGAAGUAAUAGUAGUUUGAACUACAAUCAGGGCCUCAAUAAUAAUAUCCAUAUGCAAGAUGCUAAUGCCAUAGAAGAUGACGAUGAAAAUGAAACUACUAAAAAAAUAACACGGUUGGAUGUCAACUUGUUAGGGGAAUUUAGUGAUCAUAAAUCCGAUGUCUGGUCGGUAAGUUGGAAUAGUACCGGGACAAUUUUGAGUAGUAGUGGCGAUGAUGGUAAAGUUCGUUUUUGGAAAUCGGGUAGAACCACGGAUUAUAGAUGUAUAGCUACAACCUCAGUGCAAAAAAAAUCCCCAAACUAA